AUGGAUUCUUCUUCAUCUCCUCUCUCUCUUCAAACCCCUUUAACAGAAUCCUCACCAAAACACACCAAAAAAACCUUACUUUCAUCUCUAAUCGGCACCAACACCCCUUCAUCUCUUAGAACUCCUUCCUUUGAAGAAGACAAUUACUUUAUCAACCUUCUCAAAUCCUCAGAGAAAAAAGCUCUUCAAGACCUCAAAAAACACCUCCUUGAAUCCACCACCUCUAAUGGAACCGAAGCUGGAGUUUCCAUGUGGGGUGUUCCUCUUCUUGGUGGUGACGACAGAGCUGAUGUAAUCCUCCUGAAAUUCCUCAGAGCAAGAGACUUCAGAGUCAAUGAAUCCCUCAACAUGAUUCUAAAGUGCUUAUCUUGGAGAAAAGAGUUCAAUGCUGACACAAUAGUUGAAGAGGAUUUAAGUCAGUUCAAGGAGCUAGAAGGUGUUAUAGCUUAUAUGCAAGGCUAUGACAAAGAGGGUCACCCUGUUUGUUACAAUGCUUAUGGUUUGUUUAGAGAUAAGGACAUGUAUGAGAGAUUCUUUGGUGAUGAAGAGAAGCUCAAGAAGUUUCUUAGAUGGAGAGUUCAAGUUCUUGAAAGAGGUAUUAGGCUUUUGCAUUUUAAGCCAGGUGGUGUUAAUUCUCUUAUUCAAGUGACUGAUCUUAAAGAUAUGCCUAAAAGAGAGUUGAGGGUUGCUUCUAAUCAUAUUAUGUCACUUUUUCAAGAUAAUUACCCUGAAAUGGUUGCUAGAAAGAUCUUCAUCAAUGUGCCAUGGUACUUCAGCAUGUUGUAUUCAAUGUUUAGUCCUUUUUUGACUCAAAGGACUAAAAGCAAGUUUGUGAUCUCAAAAGAAGGAAAUGCUGCUGAGACACUCUACAAAUUCAUUAGACCAGAGGAUAUUCCUGUUCAGUAUGGAGGGCUGAGUUUUCCCAGUGAUUUGCAAAAUGGUCCCCCAAAACCUGCUUCUGAAUUCACUGUCAAAGGAGGAGAGAAAGUGAAUAUACAAAUAGAAGGAAUUGAGGGAGGUGCAACUAUCACUUGGGACAUUGUUGUUGGAGGCUGGGACUUGGAAUACAGUGCUGAGUUUGUUCCAAAUGCUGAAGGAAGCUACACUAUAGCAGUUGAGAAGCCGAGAAAGAUUGGAUCAUCCGAAGAAGCAAUCCACAACUCGUUCACAUCGAAAGAAUCCGGCAAAAUGAUACUCUCGGUCGACAACACCGCCUCAAGGAAGAAAAAAGUCGCUGCGUAUCGUUACGUCGUCCGAAAAUGCACCGCAACUUGA